AUGAGCAUGCGCCCCGCGCGCUCCGGUGCCCACGUGCCGGCCCUCCUGCGCGCCGUGGGCAGGGCGUAUUGGAACCACUCGCCGCUUCCCGCGUCGGCAGCCGCAUCCCAGCGCCUCGUCCCAGACCAUUCCGGUUCCGCCCCUCGCCGUCCACCCUCUCACCCGCUCGCCUCUCGCCCGUUUCUGUCCCUUCCUCCGCCCGCCCCUCUACUGCUGCCCGCCUUACUCCGCCAACCCCCUGCCCGCCACCUGUGCACCGAGGGGCCUGCGGUCGGCAAGGCGCGCGAGCAGACAGCGGGGACAGAAGCAGCAGCGGCUGAGGCUGAGGGGGGAAUGGCGCAGGGUGCGGGGCAGGAGGCGGAGGGCAGAGUUGGCGGCGAGGGGAGUGCGCAGGAGGAGGAGUGGCGGCGGCAGGCGGAGGAGGCGCGGGAGCGGCUGCUGCGCGCGUACGCGGACAUGGAGAACCUGCGCCAGCGCGCCCAGAGAGACGUCGACGCCGCGAGGCUCUUCGCCGUGCAGGGGUUUGCCAAGGGGCUGGCGGACGUGGCGGACAAUCUCUCUCGGGCUGCCGCCUCUGCCUCCCUGCCGCCACACCCCGCCUCCCCCGGCAGUGGGCAGGGCAAGGGCGGGGAGGGUGGGGGUGGGCGCGACCCGGAGGCGCUGCUGAAGUCGCUGUUGGAUGGCGUGGAGAUGACGGAGAAGCAGCUCAUGCAGGUGUUUCGGCAGCAUGGCAUGGAGCGCCACGACCCCAUGGGGCAGCGCUUUGACCCCAACCUGCACAACGCCGUGUUUGAGCUCGACGACCCCACCAAGGAGCCCGGCACCAUCGCCCACGUGCUCAAGGUGGGCUACACUCUUCACGGCCGUGUGGUGCGCCCAGCCGAUGUGGGCGUGGUCAAGGGCAUUGCUCCCCAGCGUCCCGCCGCACUGCACACCUCACUCUUGCGCUCGCAUCGCCUCGCACUGACCCCGCAGCUCUCACCCACAACGUCCUUCCGCCUGCCUCGCCUGUCGCCUUCCCGCCCCCCGUGGAGCCAUGCGAGGCCAACUCGUCGCGAUCCCGCGCUGUUCCUCGCUCUUCCCGCUCCGCGCGUCUCACGCGCUCGCCUCGUGCUCUCUCGCCCCUCCCGCGCCACCCCCGUGCCCCUCUCGCUCCUUGCGGUCUUUCCUGCGGCGGCUCGCCGCGUGAGUAGUGGACGGGUGCGACAGUAUCCUGUGUGCGACAACCGGCGCGGGGAUGGUGGCGAAGCGAACUCGACAGCUGGUCAUUGUGAGACGCGCGGCUGCUGCCGCCCCUGGUGCCCCCCUCCACCCGCCCCUGUUGCCCCCCUCCACCCGCCCCUGUUCCCCCCCUCCACCCGCCCCUGUUGCCCCCCUCCACCCGCUCCUGCUCGCACCGCUCUCGCCCGCCUUCAUCUGCGCGCACUGCGUGCUGCUGCCGCCUCGCUCCAUCCAUCCCCCUCUCUCCUUCUCUCCGUGCCCUCACUCUCUCGUGCGGCGCGGUUGCUCGCGUUUUCCUGCCAUGCAACCUCAUCACAUGGCGUGUUGACACGUGCCGUGUUGCCACAUGGUGCCACGUGGCAGGGCGUAUUGGCGGGCUGCAUCAUCACCGCUAUCCUCUAUCUCUUCGCCGUGCUCCAGGUGCGCGCAGGUGCGCGCAGGUCGCCCACCCAUCCCCUACCUCCCAUGCCACUCACUCCCAUGUCGCUCACUCCCAUGCCACUCACUCCCAUGUCGCUCACUCCCAUGUCGCUCACUCCCAUGUCGCUCACUCCCAUGUCGCUCACUCCCAUGCCACUCACUCCCAUGUCGCUCACUCCCAUGCCACUCACUCCCAUGUCGCUCACUCCCAUGCCACUCACUCCCAUGUCGCUCACUCCCAUGUCGCUCACUCCCAUGUCGCUCACUCCCAUGUCGCUCACUCACAUGUCGCUCACUCCCAUGUCGCUCACUCCCAUGUCGCUCACUCCCAUGUCGCUCACUCCCAUGCCACUCACUCCCAUGUCGCUCACUCCCAUGUCGCUCACUCCCAUGUCUCCAUCCGCGUUGCUCCCACCUCGUGCAUCCGUCAUCUUCACCUUCCCUCCCCUCUCUCCCCUUUGCUCUCUCCAUCAUCUCGCCUGCCUUUCGACCGCUCUCCAGCAAGUGGCGCGGAUGGCAGCGGCGGACGUGGUGGGGGUGGUGAGGGAGGAGGUGGGGCGCGUGGGCGGGCAGGUGGAGGCGGUGCAGGCGCUGCAGCGAGCCAGUGCGCAGGCUGGGGGGGAUAGAGGGGCGGCGCUGGAGGCGAGGGCGAGGGAGGCGGAGGAGAGGGCGGCGCAGCUGAACGACACGGUGGGGCGCCUGCAGGCCGCUCUCAGGCAGCACAGCGCCACCAUCGCUGCCAUGCAGGCAGUGGAGCAGGCAGCAGCAGGGGCGGCAGGUGCGGAAGGGGGGCGGGCGCUGGGCAGGACGGUGGUGGAGGAGGACCACCCGGGGCGAUGGAGGCAGCACACCUUCCACCGCACCGGCGCCUAUGGCUUCAUCCAGUACAGUGCGUACCGGGUGUCAGCGGCGCGCAUAGCGGUGGUGGGGAUGGGCGCACUGGGGCUGCGCAGCAAGCGGCGAGUGGAGGGGUGCUGGUGGCACCGCCUGGACGGGCACACGGUGAUCGCGGGCAAGCUCACGCAGAUGGUCAUGGAGGAGCACCACAACUACCUCUACGAGCUGGUGGUGCUGCAGUGCGCGCUGGAGGAGGAGGUGGCGGAGACGGGCGGGCAUCUGCGCAUCUUCCUCGACCGCCAAGUGCUCUUCCCCUUCCGCGAAGACACCAAGGAGAAGAUAGACAACGGAACGGGACCCAUGCCGUACCGCUUGGCGUACUGCGGCCCCCCCAUGCACGCGGAGAUGGAGCAGCGCAGCGUGCAGCAGUUCAUCGCCUACCACCGCUACGCCGCCGGCUACGACCACUUGCAGCUGUACGACGCCACCGCCGUCACGCCCGCCCUCACAGCGGCGCUGCAGCCGCUCAUGGACGACGGGCUGCUGACCAUCGCUGACUUCCGCCAGGCCUACCAGUUUGACUCCUGGUACUUCUCCCAGGCGGUGGCGAUGCACGACUGCAUGUACGGCAUGCGGCAGCGCGCGGACUGGAUAGCCUUCCACGACCUGGACGAGUACCUCGCACUGCCCCCGCCCGCCUCCGUGCCCGCGCUGCUGCAGCGCUACGCCGCACUGCCCUACAUCACACUCGGCAUGUACGUGUUCAGCGCGCACCUGUGUGAGGAGGGGCCCGAGGACGUGUGGAGCGACGAGGAGAAACGCUUUGCGGUGGAGCGCAUGGUGCAGCGGCGGGCGACGCCGUACUGCCUGCGUGCUGAGGACGACCCGAAGCUGUGCAUCGACUACUACGGCCACCGCAAGAUGUUCCUCAACCCCCGCAAGCUGAGAUCGUCACUGUUUCGUGCUGGUCGGUGGUGGCCAUGGGGCGGUGGGGCAUGCGUGGGCGGUGGUGGGCAGGUGGAGGCGGUGUACGUGCACCUGGUGGACAAGCCGGCCACGGGCGGGGUGGACCUGAGUGUGGACGAGAUGUACUUCGCCCACCUGCGCUCGCUCACCGGCAAGGCCGUGGCGUGCCGCCCGCCCACGGACAAGGAGAACGACCUGCCGCCCGCGGAGCUGGAGAGGUGCACCACCGUGGCUGAGACCGCUGCGCGCGCCCGGGAGUGCGCCCAGGAGGGCUUCUCCAACCAGGUGGGCCGGUGGGCAGGGCCGAGGGGUCGUUGGGUGCGCUCUAUGAUGGGUCUCCGUGCCUCCCCCACCACUGCUGCUAUUGCCUGCCCUGUGCGUGGCUGGUGUGUGUGCUGCACCACUCACGCCCCCCACUCCCCUAUGUUUUCCUCUGCAGUUCCUGUGCAAGCCCAGAGCCACACGCUAGCUGCCUCUCCACACGCCUGCCAUUUGCUCCGCCUGCCGCCGUGCAGCAGUAACCUGCCAUGCCCACCUCGUUCCAAGGGGAAGGGGCAUGCUUCGAGCAACGCACUUGCUGUGCCAUGA